CACCUUCAGCUUUGGAAGGGUCAACAAUCACUAUUUGGCAUCAUGUCUGACCAGGACGCAGUCACGCCUCGAGUUUUCCUUAUGCGGCAUGGGGAGACGGAAUGGGCGAAAUCAGGGCGAUUCACGGGCACUACGGACAUCGAGCUCACGGAAGAUGGCAUUAAACAGGUCUCUUCAGCGGGAGUGAGGUUCGUGGGAGUCAACAACCUUAUUAACCCGCGUCGGUUGGGGAAAGUUUUUGUUAGCCCAAGAAAGAGAGCUGCGCAAACGUUAGAGCUGCUACUGCCGCAAGAGGGUGUCGUCCAGGGGCAAUAUGAAGUCACUUCCACUGAAGAAAUUGCAGAGUGGAAUUACGGCCGUUACGAAGGGCUCAAGGAAGAGGAAAUCAGAAGCUCAAGGAAAGAGAGGGGCCUAGAUUUGGAUCGGGAGUGGAACAUCUGGAGGGAUGGAUGUGAGGGCGGAGAAUCAAAAGACGCAAUCACCGAGCGACUGGAUGAGCUUAUAUCUUGGAUAAAAGACUUUCAGAGACCCUAUAUGGGAGGUGAGAAGCCUGUUGAUGUGCUUAUUCCGCUGAUACAAAAGAUCAAGGUCGCACAUGGUCUCAUUCUACGCUGCUUUUGUCUGCGCUGGAUUGGUUUUGAUAUCGAUUAUGACGUGUCGAUAAUGUUUAGUCCUGGUGCAGUUGCAACUUUGAGCUACAAGAACGGCGAUGCUGACAGGCCUGCAUUGCACAUCGGCCCUCCGUCAAAAUAA